ACAAACAAGCAAGCAAGCAAGCUUCUGGCUGUGCCGAAAACGAAGACUCGGUGAGCGUUCUGCUGGCAAGGCACAAGAAUGACUUCAGGCACAGGGAAAAGAAGAAACAAACAGCAGUGACUAUGCCGAUUAAAAAUCAAGAAAGAAAUGCUGGUACUGGAAGUUAGAAAUCAUCACUGCAGAGAAAGCUGUCUAACGUGGCUUUAAAGUUGACUGACGUCGUUUGUUGCACAACCAAAUCAGAGAAUCUUCUGACCCGGAGCAUUCAAUCCCUCCGCGGAUCAUGUGGCUGCACCAGAACCUGCCCUGGAGCCAGUUCAUUUUCGCCGAGACGGUCGUGGUGGCCGCCAUCACGGUGCUCGUGGUUGUGGGCACGCUGGUGGCACAGGCCGUACUCGGUUUCUAUGUUCCUCCCUGCUCGGCGCCAGCCUGCGACCAGGCCAUGACUUUGGCACGCAGCUUCCCAGCGCUUCGAGGUGCCCGCUUGCACCGGCUUCUACGAACACCUGUGCGGCGCCGGUGAAGCGUUGAGUGAAUACUCCCGGCGCCAACCACUCGUGCACGCCAUGUCCGCCACGCUACUUGAUAAAGGCGCUGCGAUCAGCAGUGACACUAAAAACAGAGAUGCCUUGAACAAAGUGGCAGUAUUCUACGUCAGCUGCUACAAGCACUUUGUACCUCCCUCGGAGCAGUCUGGCCUGCACCAGGAUGUUACGAACAUCUUGACCAUCCUAAAGUCACGCUGGCAAGACAUCACUCAGCGUGCCAUGAACGCUACAUCAACGCUGAAGUUCAUGUUACGCCUAAUCAUCACGUACCACAUCGACCUGGGACUGAAGAUACGCCUCAGCAAAGGCAGCAUGUACCUCAGUGCCGGUGAAUCGCUGCGCGACCGUCUCGGUCUGCCAGCGCGACAGCUAGAGUCGAUGCUGAGUGCGUCGAUAAACGCCAGCGCUGCCACCAUCACGCCGGCGCAGCUGACUCAGUUUUUGAUCCUUGACGAGUCUCUCACUAAUUCCUUGAGUGGUGACGAAGAUGCUAGCGCGCUCCCACCGGACCAACUGUUUCUCCAGAUCUACCCGAAGUCUCGCGAUGCUUGGGUCGAAGCCUUGGCGGACGCUCCACAUAUGGUCAAGUCCCUCGAGCCAUCCAAGCUCGUGCACGUAAAGGGCAUGUCCUUUCUGCACACCUUUACUCACCUCGUCUUCGAGACUUCAAGCCGCAUGACGCGCUCUCUGUGGCUACUGGCACAUGCUCUCCUGCCUGCCCUGGAGGCCGACGUAGUGCGACAGACGCCACCGGAGCUUCGAGUGGACGCCGUUGUGUCUUUCUGUUACCGCCAAAGCCGCCAGUCGCAGUAUGGUAUCGCCUUGGAUUCCUUCCUCUGGACGUUGGCGGUUGGUUCUCAGAGCUUGCCGUUAGCUGUGACCACGACGCAGGACUUGCUGCGAUCUCAAGGCGGCGCUGUUGGCGCAGAGGUUGCUCCGAGGUGGCCUGCUGCUCCAGGCCAUGGAGGAAAUCGAAGACAUCGAAGUGGGGCUGUUUCUGGACCCCACGUCUCCGGACGAGGCCAGGUACCUCGAAAAGCUGUACAGAGAGCUCCCGAUGCCGAGCCGCUCCGGCUACUACGUGAACCGGCUGCUACCCAUCGCUGUGGCUCUGGACGGCUCACCGCUGUUGGAACGGCACUCGCGCUGCCUUGAUGACGACGUGCUAAGCACAGCUGUAGCUGCGUACUCCCAGCGUGACCUGUGCGUGUCGCCCGCUCUAGUGUCGCAGCCACUAUUCUACGCGGGAGCUGAGGCGUUCGUAAACUACCCCACGAUGGGAUUCCUGUUGGCCGAGCCGUACGCAGACGUCAUCUUCCGGACGCUACGGAAGGCACCUCCUGGCACUGACACGUCGCGGCGCUUUACGGCCACCAUGAGCUGCCUCCGGCGCCAGCUGGAGUCUCUGGGCAACACGACCGUGUCGGGUGACGCGAGACCAGCGGCGCUGUUCCGACUUGCAGGGGCGCUGCAGCUGGCACACGACGCGGUCGAAAACUCAGGCGGCUUCUCCGGAGGCGACUCGGAGCGGCGCGCUUUCUUCGAGCGCCAAUGCUGGCUAUGGUGCUCCCGGAUGCUGCACAGCGCACGCUCAUUGUCCGCAGUGCAGCUGGAUGCCAAAGGCGUGUGCAACAUUGUCGUCCGUAACGUUCUCGCCUUCUACCGCUGGCUUCCGAUGUUACCCGGAAGACUACAUGGGCAGCGUCGAGGUCUGCGCCGUCUUUGGAGUACCACCAGUCAAGGAGUGACUCCGCUAGCAGGAGACCUUCCACGCUCACUUAUGAGCGUGUACAUUAUUAUGAGACUGCAUAUACGCAUUCGGAACGACUAUCGUUCACCGUACGCAAUGAGAACGUCUUUGCAGAGGCUGAGAGAAAAGACAAUAAAUGUUCUUUAAUCGCC